GUACAAAAUAUUUAGGGGAGGAAAUGUAUAUUCCAGCCUCGUCUUUCCACGUUGUGGAUGUGCAAGGCUGGAACAGAAAGGGGAGGAUUCCAAGUUAUUUCCAUUCCCAGUUCGAAAAGACAAUUCAAUGGUUUGAUAAAUACUUCGUGACUCCGCUGACAAAUUGUACUUGUAUAUGGUGUAAUACAAAUAUAUAAUCUUAUUUAACCUGUCAUUGUAUAUUAUAAACAAGAUGAAUCAUUAAAGGUUUAAAAAUCAAAUACGUCCAUUGUGUCUUUUACCUGUAAACACUCAUUGCGUUUAACGACAUUUUUCGCCGUAUUUUCUAAGAACAUGGCCAAGUGACACUACUUAUAUUUCGAAACCUUUUUAAAGUAAGAGGAUCCCAAAGCAUUCAUUCAGGUGGUUUAUAAAGUUAGACGUCACUUUCGUAAAUCCUCAAAAAUGUUUUGAUUUGGAAGGACAAUAGUGGAAAGCAGCCAAAACGCCAUGAGACUCUUUUUGAUGGUUUGAGUCCGACAAGUAAAUGUGAUUUUAUCGGAAUUAAUUAACUAGUUUCAUGAUCGAUAAUUUCUGAAUAAGGAUUAACGGCAAAUGUGCAUUGCCUGAAGCAGCAUCUUUGACGACACUAGCCAUAGCAAUAGUUAUAAGUAAUCAUUUGUGAAAUCAAUCAAUCAAUACUUACGAGCAGUUUGAUGAUGAAGACAAGGUCACUAAGAGAGAAUUUCGAUUAAAAAAGCAUUGAAAGAAUCCGCGUCCUAUUUAUGCGUAAUCUUCGGGUUAAAAAUACCAAGCCAAUCUUCAGAAAGGUACCAAUUCAUAGUUAAGAAUAUGAAGACCAUACUUCUUGAGGUCCUUUUUAAUAGACACAUUCCGCAUGCUAAACGUUCUAUCCAAGACAUGAAGGAAGUGAUAGCAAAGAAUAAAUAUCAAAGUAUACUUUAAAAAAAAUGGACUACAUAUAAGAAAAGUAUUUAUCUUACGCCUUUUGAAAAGAAUGUAUAUUUGAGGACAUUAUUUAAAAAUCGCCAUGAAGUUAAUAAUCGAAAUAUUAAGAUUAUUUGUAAGGAAGCCGUCAACGAGCGAAUCUUUUAGGGCAUGGAUACUUUCUGCUCUUAUGGUACAUGGAGCAGUAGCUGGCAACCCUGAUGCAAAACGGUUAUAUGAUGAUCUUUUAAGCAACUAUAAUAAAUUAGUUCGACCAGUUGUAAAUACCACAGAUGUUCUCAAAGUAUGCAUAAAAUUAAAACUUUCGCAGCUAAUUGAUGUGAACUUAAAAAAUCAAAUAAUGACCACCAAUCUAUGGGUUGAACAGUCUUGGUAUGACUACAAACUUCGAUGGGAACCAAAAGAAUAUGGUGGAGUUCAUAUGUUACAUGUUCCAUCUGAUCAUAUAUGGAGGCCGGAUAUUGUUCUUUAUAAUAAUGCUGAUGGUAACUUCGAAGUGACUCUUGCAACAAAAGCCACAAUUUACUCUGAAGGAUUAGUUGAAUGGAAGCCACCAGCUAUAUACAAAUCAUCCUGUGAAAUAGAUGUAGAAUAUUUCCCAUUUGAUGAACAGACCUGUGUUCUAAAGUUUGGCAGUUGGACUUAUGAUGGGUUUAAGAGGCGUAAACAAUAAAACUUUUCUUAAAAU